AUGGAUUCGGGCUUGACUUCACCAGACAUUUCCCUUUUUCCCUUGCACCCUCACGCGGUGCCCGGCGCUCGGAAGUCGGUGUCUCUGAGUCUGGAGGACUCCGCAGAGAAGUGGGCACAGGAUUCUGGAGCCACUCCGAAUCCGCUGCUCCGUAGCAGUGCCGCCGUCGCCGCCGCCGGCAGUUCGGGGGGCAGCUUGUUCCGGGCGGAUCCGCUCUAUUCCCCGAGCCCGUCCGAAUCGCCGCGGCUGACCAGCAGCCUCAUCCAGAGCUUCAUCGCCAGCGCCGCCACCCCGGCCGGGAGCGGGGCCGGAGGAGGAGGAGGAGGCGGCGGCGGAGGAGGAGGGGGCAGCCUCGGCGGCGGCGGCGGCAACGAGUGCAAGAUGGUCGACUUGCACGGGGUGAAGGUGGCCUCCUUCCUGGUGGAAGGGCAGGAGCUGAUCUGCCUGCCGCAGGUCUUCGACCUCUUCCUCAAGCACCUGGUCGGGGGGCUGCACACCGUCUACACCAAGCUCAAGCGCCUGGACAUCGCGCCCGUGGUCUGCACGGUGGAGCAAGUGCGCAUCCUGCGCGGCCUGGGCGCCAUCCAGCCGGGCGUCAACCGCUGCAAACUCAUCACCCGCAAGGACUUCGAAACUUUGUACAACGACUGCACCAACGCCAGUUCACGACCGGGGAGACCCCCCAAGCGCUCUCUGGGGGUUGCGAUACAAGAGAACACGCGUCUCCUGCCCCACGGAGUGCCCGGCCUCUUAUCACCAGGACUUAUCUCUCCAACAGAUAUAAGAACUUUGUUUUUCCCUGAUGAAAACUACAUAAAGUUUGCAGAGCUCAAGACUCUUCAAAUACAAGGUCUCACAGCAGCGGCAAUGGCCGAAGCCAUGAAAUUACAGAAGAUGAAGCUCAUGGCCAUGAACAGCCUUCAAGGAAGCGGGAGUCAAAAUGGGACAGAAUCAGAGAACGAAGACCUAAACUCCAAUGCAGGUGGAAGCGAAUCCUCGUGGGAUAAAGAGAAGCUUCAGUCUCCCAUCACGACGGGAUCUCAUCACGGAGUCAGCCAUGCCACGCUUUCUGGGCAACCCAAUUUGGGAAGCACUCACCCUCUUAGCCCUCUGCAACAAAACCAUCUGCUCACAAAUAGGAUAGAUCUGCCGUUCAUGAUGAUGCCCCAUCCUCUGCUUCCUGUUGGCCUACCUCCUGCUUCUGUGGCCAUGGCGAUGAAUCAAAUGAACCAUCUCAACACCAUCGCGAACAUGGCCGCCGCAGCUCAGAUGCAUAGCCCUCUCUCUCGAGCAGGGGCCUCAGUGAUAAAGGAGAGGAUCCAAGACAGCCCUUCACCUGCUCCGUCGGUGGAAGAGAGUCAACGACCUGGGAGCCAUGCCUCUUCUCAUCAAAGCAGCAGCAUUUCGAGUUCCCCAUCCCAGCUGGACAACACACCAGAUAGAAUUGGUAUGUUAUCAAAUACUCGAGAAGGAGAGCCGGUGGAUCCAGAAGGUGGGCCCAUUCCCAAAAAACUCCCAAAGGAAAAAGAAGAAGUCCAAAUUGCCAUCCCCAUCAUGAAACCGACCCUCGAAAAGGUCCAACUGGCUGGACAGACUUUGCCCCCAGGUUUCCCUGCACCUUUCCUCUUUGCCGAUGGAUUGUCGUCAGUAGAAACUCUAUUAACCAAUAUACAGGGGUUGCUGAAAGUCGCUGUAGAUAAUGCCCGGGUCCAGGAAAAACAGAUCCAGCAAGAGAAAAAGGAGUUGAAGAUGGAACUGUGUAGGGAGAGAGAGCUGAGAGAAAGUCUGGAAAGGCAACUUACAGCUGAACUGCAAAGUAGAGCAACCAUUCAGAAGCGAUUGAAGAAAGAGAAGAAAGCCAAAAGGAAAUUGCAAGAAGCUCUUGAGUUUGAAUCAAAGAGGAGGGAACAAGUGGAGCAGGCACUUAAACAGGCUACUUCGGGCGAUGGUCUCAGGAUGCUCAACGAUGCUGGGAUACCAGACAUGGAGGUGGAACACAAUGGAACCCAACAUGACAGCGCGGCAAUGCAAGAAAACAGAGCCUAUGUCAAGCCGACCAUUAUGUACUGAAGACAACACGAAGCGGGGGAUGGAGAAAAAGAUAACAAUCACCCUUCGAAGACUGUAUGAAAGACGUUCCUCUUGACCUUUGAGGCCUUCCAUGCCGUAUGAAAGACAGGAUCGGAAGCAACGAAAUGUGGACACCAAUUUACUGUUCCUGCACUGAAAACUUGUCGAAACAUCACUAAGAAAUAUUGCAUUGUGGGUUUGUUUGUUGGUUUGUUUGUUUCUUUGUUUUACAGGAUUCCUGUACCAAACCAAACCUGUGGCAGUAGAUCAUUUUAGGUCCCAGAGGAGAACGAGAAAGAGAAAAGGUUGCAGUAAUUUUUAAGCACAUACAGGAAUUAAUUCAGCCAACAGGAGCCUUUUUUUCUCUCCACCCUGAAAGGAGUUAGCUAUUACUGUAUAACAAUGGCACAAUGAAUCUAGUAAGCCGCGAAAGUUCCCACUGGCUGUUCUGUCCCACACAUCCAGUUUUAUCACUGAGGCAGUUCAACCCUGGGCUGUUUCAAUUGUGUUUAUAAAUUUAAGCUUUGUUUACUGAAGCUGAAACUCAAUAUAUAUUACAUUUUGAAGAGAAAAGUAUGUACAUUUUUUAAUAUGAUGAUAACUGAUGUAAAAAAUUGUCCUUCCUUAGAUGACCAGUUGGAGAGUGUAAACUAAGACCCCAAAUAGCCGGAAUAAUAAAGGGAUUAUAAAUUGA